AUGGACAUCGCUGCAUCCUUCGAGAAUCGCUCCUCGACAAUAAAAUGCAUCGAUAUGCAUACAACCGGCGAGCCUACCCGGAUUGUCUACUCCGGGUUUCCCCACCUGGAUGGCACGACUCUCCUGGAUAAACGUGAUCAAGCCCAGACGCACCAUGACCAUAUCCGAAAACGCUUGAUGCUCGAACCCCGCGGACACAGCGACAUGUACGGCGCCAUUCUGGUUCCCGAGACGGAGCUCGUGCGUAGCGGGGACGCCCAUAUCGGGGUUCUGUUCACGCACGCCGGUGGCUUUUCGACAAUGUGCGGACACGCGACUAUCGGGUUGGGGAGGUUUCUGGUUGAUACUGGGGACUUGACGGUGUUUCCCAAAAGGAAUGAAUUGGUGGUCGAUACUGAAAACAGGAAGGUGGAGGUUAAAAUCCAUGCGCCCUGUGGGGUUGUCACUGUUUCUGUUCCCGUUGUCGUUGGUGAAGGUGGGACGGUCAAGUCGGAUGGUACUCGAGGUGUUUCAUUUCUCUCGACACCGGGAUAUGCUGCUGGCUUGGGUAUUGAGGUGGAUAUCCCAGAAGAGGUGCGGUGGGUGGAGUUGGGGGAGAAAAAGAGAAUUACAGUUGACAUCAGCUACGGGGGAGCUUUCUACGCUCUGGUGGAGGCCAGGGAGAUGGGAUUUGAGAAUGGGCUCAGGGGCGAUGACCAAGAGAUGAAGGCCAUGUCAGCCGCGGCAAGGAAGCUGAAGAGGUACCUAUCGGUGCAUCCUGCUGUGGCUACGGCAUUGGAACGUGCAGAUGAUAAGAGACUGUCGUUCCUAUACAGUGUUAUGGUGACCGAUUCAAAGACUGGGUACCGACCGGACGGCAGCGAGGGUGCAGAAACAGGCGUAUGCUUCUUUGGAGAUAGCGACCAGGUUGAUCGGUCGCCCACGGGGUCCUGUGUGACAGCUCGAAUGGCGCUCGCUCAUGCAAAGCAACUCAGGCGCCCCGGACAACGGUGGGCAUAUAACUCUCUUGUAUCAAAUCAAUUUGGAACUGGCGCAUUUGUGGGCACUAUUGUGGACAGUACCGCAAGUGUAAUGGGCUUCAAUAACGAUACUUGGCCAGCGGUUAUAGUCCGGGUUGAAGGAAAUGCCCACUAUACUGGAGCAAUGACCUUCAUCCACGAGGCGGGAGAUAUCACCAGCGAGGCGGGAUUCACCAUGGGUGUCUGA